CCCACUCCUCAUUCUGAGGCUCAGCCCUCUUUCGUGCCCAUCGUCUCAUUUGGGGAGCUCCGGGACCAUGAGGGACCCCCGCAGUCCCUCGAGCUGAGACUAGCUGGGUCAGGGACUAUGAGGCAAGCCGCUCAUCGACCCAGGCCUCCUUAGGACCGCCCAGCCACCCAGCACACGCAAGUGAUCAGCGGCAGCGGAGAGAAAGGCUGGCGAUAAAGGACCACAGUGGAACACUGGGGAUCACCCCCAGAAACUCCCGAGGACCCCAGUCCAGGCUGAGGGGUCGCGAUGGGUGGCCAGACUUCCAGACACUGACAGACACACACCGCUACAGAGACACAGGGCUUCCCAACACUGGCACACAGAGAUAGGACCAGCGAAAGCAUCACACGCUACCACAGCCCUGCAAUACAGACACCCCCCACCCCACGCAGAAACAACUGGUUACUCUGAAACAGGCACAGACAGUGACACAUACGUAGCACCACCCUCCUCAACACACACAAAUGCUCAUCCUCCAAACACGUAUAGGACAGCACUGACCCGCAGGGACAGCCCAGGAGGCACGCACACAGCUAGGCGCUGCUGGUGGUGGCCUCUGCAACCCCCACCCCAGGGACACCCUUGCUUCUCCACAUAGACACACACACACACACACACACACACCACACAGAAACACGAGCAAACAUUAGCUGACAUAGCCCCAGCUCCAGUCUGGCAACCCCGACACCUUCUGAAGCCUCCUUCGUGAGUGGCAAGAGCUCAGCCAACCUCUUUCUGAUGGAGCCUCUCUGUGAAGCCGAAUGCUUACGAGGAGAAGGGGCUAGCCUGGCAUGACCCCUGUCAGUCUCCCCACUUGGCUGGGUGAUGUCCCCGGGACCAGGUUCUGGGGCCCCUUGCCGAAACCAUGGAGCAACUGACAACCUUUCCACGGCUUGGAGAGCUUGGAGCCAUGGAGCCGUGGGCACUGCCAGCCUGGCGGCACUGGACCCAGGGCCGGGGGUGCGAACCUGGAGACGCAUCUCCCAGCAUUACCGGCACUCCGAUAGCUAUGCAGUUUAGAGGACUGAGGUCUGGAGAGAGUUCUGAACCUGAGGGAGCCCAAAGCCCUGGGCCUGUUGGGAAUACUGACCCUGAAGGAACAGAGACUGGGAUGUCCAAGCUGGGGCACCCGACAGAGAGCCCUGAGGACGACUGCCUCCGCCGGGAGGAUGAGGAUGCGCAGGCUUAUGAGGCCAAGCUGAACGUGGGCUUCGGGGACAGGCCCAAUCUGGAGCUGCUGAGGGCCCUAGGCGAGCUGCAGCAGCGCUGUAACAUCCUUAAGGAGGAGAACCAGAUGCUGAGGAAGAGCAGCUUCCCAGAGACGGAGGAGAAGGUACGGAGGCUAAAGCGGAAGAACGCGGAGCUGGCGGUCAUUGCCAAGCGUCUGGAGGAGAGGGCCCAGAAACUGCAGGAAACGAACAUGAGGGUGGUGAGUGCCCCCGUGCCCCGACCCGGAUCCGGUCUGGAGUUGUGUCGAAAGGCCCUAGCCCGCCAGCGAGCCCGGGACCUCAGUGAGACGGCCAGUGCGCUGCUGGCCAAGGACAAACAGAUUGCCGCCUUGCAGCGGGAGUGCAGGGAGCUGCAGGCCAGGCUCACUCUGGUCGGCAAGGAAGGUCCCCAGUGGCUGCAUCUGAGGGACUUCGACCGGUUGCUGCGCGAGUCCCAACGGGAGGUGCUGCGGCUGCAGAGGCAGAUCGCCCUGCGCAACCAGCGGGAGCCGCUCCGGCCAGCCCGGCCCCCGGCUCCCACUGCCCUCUCCAGAGUAGGGGCGCCGGCCCCGGGGGCCCCGGGAGAGGCUGUACUCCAGGAUGACGUGGAGAGCCCACAGGUGGUCCUAAGGGAACCAGAGAAACAGCAAAGGGUGCAGCAGCUGGAGUCUGAGCUCUGCAAGAAGCGAAAGAAAUGUGAGAGCCUGGAGCAGGAAGCCAGGAAAAAGCAGAGGCGAUGUGAGGAGCUGGAACUACAGCUGAAGGCAGCCCAGAAUGAGAAUGCCCGCCUGGUGGAGGAGAACUCUCGGCUCAGUGGGAGAGCCACAGAGAAGGAGCAGGUGGAGUGGGAGAAUGCGGAGUUGAAGGGACAGCUCCUGGGGGUAACACAGGAGAGGGACUCAGCCCUUCGCAAGAGCCAGGGCCUGCAAAGCAAGCUGGAGAGCCUGGAGCAGGUGCUGAAGCAUAUGAGGGAGGUGGCCCAGCGGAGGCAGCAGCUGGAGGUGGAGCAUGAGCAAGCUCGGCUCAGCCUGCAGGAGAAGCAGGAGGAGGUCCGGAGGCUGCAGCAGGCCCAGGCUGAAGCCAAGAGGGAACAUGAGGGAGCUGUGCAGCUGCUGGAGUCUACCUUGGAUUCCAUGCAGGCCCGGGUUCGAGAGCUUGAGGGCCAGUGCCGCAGCCAAACUGAGCGUUUCAGCCUUCUGGCUCAGGAGCUCCAGGCCUUCCGUCUGCACCCAGGCCCCCUGGAUCUGCUUACUUCUGCCCUGGGCUGUAGUGCCCUUGGGGACCAUCCACCCCCCCACUGCUGCUGCUCUACCCCUCAGCCCUGCCAGGGGUCCGGCCCCAAAGACCUUGACCUCCCGCCGGGCUCCCCAGGACGCUGUACCCCCAAGUCUUCUGAGCCUGCUCUUGCGCCCCUUACUGGAGCCCCUCGAAGGACAGCUAAGAAGGCAGAAUCUCUUUCUAACUCUUCUCGCUCAGAGUCCAUCCACAACAGCCCCAAGUCGUGCCCCACACCAGAGGUGGACACAGCCAGUGAGGUAGAGGAGCUGGAGGUAGACAGCAUCUCCCUGGUCCCAGCAGCUCCAGAGGGCGGUGUGGGAGGAGCCAGAAUCCAGGUCUUCCUUGCACGCUACAGCUACAACCCCUUCGAGGGUCCCAAUGAGAACCCAGAGGCUGAGCUCCCACUGACAGCCGGCGAGUAUAUCUACAUCUAUGGCAACAUGGAUGAGGACGGCUUUUUUGAAGGGGAGCUCAUGGAUGGCCGAAGGGGUCUGGUCCCCUCCAAUUUUGUAGAGCGUGUGUCUGAUGACGACCUCCUGACCUCCCUCCCUCGGGAGCUGGCCGAUUUGUCGCACAGCUCUGGCCCUGAGCUCAGUUUUCUGAGCGGAGGUGGCGGUGGCUGCAGCAGCGGGGGCCAGAGCAGCGGGGGACAUAGCCAGCCCAGACCAGAGGAGGAGGAAGCUGCAGGAGACGCACUCAGUCUGAGCCCCCCACCAGAGGGACUGGGCGAGCCCCUGGCUGUGCCUUAUCCUCGCCGUAUCGUGGUCCUCAAGCAGCUAGCCCACAGUGUGGUGCUGGCCUGGGAGCUGCCUCCCGAGAGAGUAGAUCUGCGUGGCUUCCAUGUCUUUGUCAACGGGGAACUCCGUCAGGCCUUGGGGCCUGGAGUGCCCCCCAAGGCUGUGCUUGAAAAUUUGGACCUGCGGGCUGGGCCCCUCCAUGUCUCUGUCCAGGCCCUGACCAGCAGGGGCAGCUCGGAUCCUCUUCGAUGUUGCCUGGCUGUGGGUGCUGGGGCUGGAGUGGUUCCCAGCCAGCUACGGGUCCAUCGGUUGACAGCCACAUCCGCUGAGAUCGCCUGGGUGCCAGGGAAUAGCAACUUGGCCCAUGCCAUCUACCUCAAUGGAGAAGAGUGCCCCCCUGCCCGUCCCAGCACCUACUGGGCAACUUUUUGUCACCUGCGGCCUGGCACGCUGUAUCAGGCCCGAGUGGAGGCUCAGAUCCCAUCUCAGGGGCCUUGGGAACCAGGCUGGGAGAGGCCAGAGCAGCGAGCUGCCACUUUGCAGUUCACCACCCUUCCAGCAGGCCUGCCCGAUGCUCCCCUGGAUGUACAGGUGGAACCAGGGCCCUCUCCUGGAAUCCUGAUGAUCAGCUGGCUCCCCGUCACCAUUGACGCUGCUGGUACCUCCAAUGGUGUCCGGGUCACAGGCUACGCCGUCUACGCCGAUGGGCAGAAGAUUAUGGAGGUGGCUUCCCCCACGGCAGGCAGUGUGCUGGUGGAGGUGUCGCAGCUGCAGCUGCUGCAGGCCUGCCAUGAGGUGACCGUACGCACUAUGUCACCCCAUGGCGAGUCCACUGACUCCAUCCCGGCCCCUGUUGCCCCAGCCCUGGAGUCUGCCUGCCAGCCAGCCAGGAUGUCCUGUCUCUCACCACGACCAAGCCCAGAGGUCAGAACACCCCUUGCUUCAGUCUCCCCAGGGCUUGGGGAUGCCAGCUUUCCCGUCCGGCAUCCUGUCCCCCAUGGAACUCAAGAUUCCCCUGCCAGCCUUUCCAGGGACAUGACCAAGGGACCCCAGGAGGAACCUCCAGCUCCUUGCUCUCAGGAAGAGGCUGGGGCAGCUGUGCGGGGCACCUCAGAAGAGAAGCGGGCUGUGGAGCCAACCCUGGGCCUGGAAGGCCCUGGCCCUGUGGCUCCCUCCCUGGCUAAGCAAGAAGUGGAGUGCGCUUCAGGAGACGCUGGCCCCACACCUUGCUGCACCCAAGGAGAGCCGACCCAGAAGGAGCCAAGCCCUGAGGCCUGCCAUGGAGGAGAUCUGGGCUCAGAGCGGAAACCUAGAACUGAGAAAGAAGAGAUGUCAGAGCUUGGAGUUUGCCUGGCUAAUUCCCUGGCAGAUCACAGCCGCAACUCGGACUUAUCAGACAUCCAGGAGGAAGAGGAAGAGGAGGAGGAAGAGGAAGAGGAAGAGGAACUGGGUUCCAGGCCUUGUUCCUCCCAGAAGCAGGUUGCUGGCAACAGCAUCAGGGAGAAUGGAGCCAAGCCCCAGCCUGACCCCUUUUGUGAGACUGACAGCGACGAGGAGAUCUUGGAGCAGAUCCUGGAGUUGCCUCUCCAGCAGCUCCGCAGCAAGAAGCUGUUCAGCAUCCCGGAGGAGGAAGAAGAGGAGGAUGAGGAGGAAGAGCAGGAGAAACCAGGGCCCAGCAGCUCUUCCCAAGCCCCUAGCCAGCCUGAACUUGCAUUACUAGGGCUGGAUUGUGACAGCAGUCAGCCCCAGGGACCUGGCCUGUGUCCCUUGUCUCCUGAGCUCUCAGGGGCCAGGGAGCACCUGGAAGACAUGCUGGGAGUGGUUGGUGGAAACAGCCGGAGGAGAGGAGGUGGCUCUCCCGAGAAGCCCCCAAACCGCAAGCGGCCUCAGGAUCCCCGAGAACACUGCAGCCGACUCCUUGGCAAUGGCGGGCCCCAGACCUCUGCGCGGCCAGGCCCUCCACGGGAGAGGGGCGGCCUCCCUGUGAUUGAGGGCACCAGGGUCGGACAGGAGGCUGGAGGGAGAGGGCGGCCGGGUCUUUCCCGGAGGUGUCCCCGUGGCCCUGCUCCAGAAUCCAGCUUGGUCAGCUGCCUCUCCCCAAAGUGUCUGGAGAUCAGCAUUGAGUAUGAUUCUGAGGAUGAGCAGGAGGCAGGCAGCGGGGGUGUCAGCCUCAACAGCUCCUGCUACCCCACAGAUGGGGAGGCCUGGGGCACAGCAGCUGUAGGAAGGCCCAGGGGACCUCUGAAGGUCAAUUCAGGCCCCAAUCCCUACCUGCGCCUCCCAGCCUGGGAGAAAGGGGAACCAGAGCGGAGAGGCCGCAGUGCGACCAGCAGAACCAAGGAGCCACCCUCCCGGGCAACAGAGACUGGGGAGCCCAGAGGGCAUGACAACUCUGGGCGGAGAGGACCCCAGAGGAGAGGGGCCCGGGUGCCUAGGCCUGGAACCACUGAGCUGGCCCCUCCAAGGAGCCCCCAAGAAGCACCAGUUCAUCAGGAUCUGCCUGUGAGGGUCUUCGUGGCUCUGUUUGACUACGACCCUGUAUCAAUGUCACCCAACCCUGACGCCGGAGAAGAGGAACUGCCCUUCCGGGAGGGCCAGCUCCUCAAGGUUUAUGGAGACAAAGACGCUGAUGGAUUCUACCGGGGCGAGAGUGGGGGUCGCGCAGGCUACAUCCCCUGCAACAUGGUGGCUGAGGUGGCUGUGAGCGGUCCGGUGGGGAGACAGCAGCUGCUCCAGCGGGGCUUCUUGCCCCCAGAUGUUCUCACUGAGGGCUCGGGGAACGGACCCUCUAUCUACUCCUCAGCCCAUACGACUGGGCCUCCCCCCAAGCCUCGCCGGUCCAAGAAAGUGGAGUUGGAAAGCCCUGCACAGCCCUGUCCAGGUCCUCCCAAGCUGAUCCAUUCUGCUGUCCCCAAAACCUCCCGACCUAUGGUGGCUGCAUUUGACUAUAAUCCUCGAGAGAACUCCCCCAAUAUGGAUGUGGAGGCGGAGCUGCCCUUCAGGGCAGGGGACGUCAUUACUGUGUUUGGGGAGAUGGAUGAUGAUGGCUUCUACUAUGGGGAACUGAAUGGACAAAGGGGCCUGGUUCCAUCCAACUUCCUGGAGGGCCCUGGGCCUGGAGCAGGUGGUCCAGAGUCUGGGACACCACAAGCUGACAGUCAGAGAACGAGGAGGAGAAGAGUCCAGUGCUAGAUGGAGAUAGAUAUUUGUAGAGAGAGCAACAUGACCCUGGAAACACCACACAAGGGUCGCCAGUGCCCCAAGGCUGGCAGUGUGCCCUCAGCUCUGGAAGUUCCUCCUGGGCCAAACGGGGGGAGCCCCAAGGCAUAGCUGAGAAGAAGCAGGGUCUCCUCUUCAAAGGAAAGGAGCUCCUCAGAAAGCUGGGCUUCAGGAAGGAGUGACGCUGCCAUCCGUCCUACAGGCGGACGUGGCCCCUGGAGGUUCCACAUCAACUUCAGUGGCUGGACAGGAAAACCCAACCGGCCGAAACUCCUGCUCUCUGAGCAAGCACUGGCGCUCACAGGGACCCCGGGGACCUGGUGAGGGUGGGGUGACACGCAUCCUCAGUGAGAAGCCCUCUAGAUGAACUCUUCCAGGAGGGAACCGUGCCCCAGAGUAAGUAGUCAAGCGCCAAGCACGGUCAGAUCAGGACUGGACCCACUCCUCUGGAUUCCCGAUUUCCUACCAUGCUCUGCUGGUCCCUGUUUGGCCUUCCCUGCUCCAGGAUGGGCCCCUGAGCGGAGGCAUGGGGGAACUCUAACCAUGGCCCUGGCUGCCCUCCCUCUGUCUUCCCUCCCCUGAAGGAACGUUUGCACUGCAGUGUCCCCCGGGGCGGGGGGCAGAGCCAUGUAUAUAUAUAUGUACAUACUCAGUGCCUCAGUCCAGCUCCUCCAUCCGCUUCAUCACACAGGUCAGGGGAGGAGGAAGGCCAUGCCAAAGCGGGCCUGACCCCGCCCCAUAGUGCUCCACCCCUCCCUGCCCAGGCCACCUGGCCUCUGUGUCAUCCCAUCCCCCCACCCAGGGGACCAGGGGCCAGAAAGCAGGAGUUGGGUUUGCCUUAUUUUGCUCAUCGGAUUCAACUUCUCUCUUGCAUCGUUUUCCUCCAGUCCCUGUUGGGGUCCAGGGGCUGAGGGAAAGGACAGAUUUAUGCAGCUAUUUUCAUACAUCCCCUGUUCAGAGCGGGUAGGGGGUUUCUCCACCCUUACCCUAACCAUCCCAUCCUUCCCCCUUCGUCUGGGCGAGUCUCUUUGCAUGUUUCCUUUGAUGUGGUUGGGAGAUGUUUGAUUGAACCCUCACCCCUACCCUGGUCUCCAGGGGUGUGGGAUGGUGAGGGCAUUUGUUUAAAAAGACAUUUUACUAUAAUAAAGUCUAUUUUCACAAAAUUGA